AUGAACAAACUAAAAGUCCAAAAAACAAUUGACCAGUUUUUUGCUAUCAAACCUAAAAAAAGUGUAAGCGCGAGUAUCGAAGUUAUGACAAGCGCAUCCUCAGAUUCAUUGGUUAGUAGUUGUAUUGAAGAAAUCGAAAAAAGUCAAAAUAAUUUGAAAAAAAGAAAGAUUAACAAUGAUAUUGAUAUAAUAAAAAAAGAAAAAGAAUUACGUUUAAGCAAAGAUGAAGAGAUCAUAGAUAUAAGCAAUGUAGGAAUCGAACCAGGAAUUAUAAAGAAAAAAAUAAUGGAAAAAGAAUUAGUUGAUUACAAUUACAUUGAAGAAAUAAAAAACUUAAUGCAUGCGGAAUGGUAUGAACAUUUAGAAGGUGAAUUAAAAAAAAAUUAUUUUAAAAAUAUGUAUUUAAGAAUAAAAGAUGAAAGAAAAAAAAAAGUAAUAUAUCCACCUGAGAAUUUAGUAUUUACUGCUUUUUUGAAAACCCCAUUAUCAAAAAUAAAAGUAGUUAUUGUUGGACAAGAUCCUUAUCAUCAAAAAGGACAAGCCAUGGGAUUAUGUUUUUCAGUCCCUAUUGGUAUUAAAAUACCACCAAGUUUAAAAAAUAUUUUAAAAGAAAUUAAACAAAAAAGUGAUCAUGGUGAUUUAACUAGCUGGACAGAACAAGGAGUAUUCUUAUUAAAUACGUCGCUAACUGUUGAAGAAAACAAACCAGCUUCACAUAAAAGUUAUGGUUGGGAAACAUUUACAGAUAAAGUUAUUGAUAUAAUUAAUGAAAAAAAAAAACAAAUAGUUUUUAUGUUAUGGGGUAAUUUUGCUAUAAAAAAAUGUGCAAAGAUUGAUACAAAAAAACAUUUUAUUUUAAAAUCAGGACAUCCAUCACCAUUAAGUAUAAAACAUUUUGUCAAUUGUGACCAUUUUAAUAAAUGUAAUAAUUUUUUAAUUAAAAAUAAUAUGUCUCCCAUUAAAUGGGAACUACCACAAUAA